AGGUGGCCCGCUGAUACAGAUUAAAAAGUGAAACCUGCGCUGAGCCCGAGCUAGGAAAGGGCUGUCCGACUCUGAGCGCAGGAGAAUGCGUCAGAUAUGCGGCACCGUUUACACCUGGAACUGUGCUGGGGAGCUGUAUGCCAUCGAGUGUGCCAUCUGCGAGGAGCGGCCCCUUUGCACACUAAGCGAGUUCACCUCUCAUAUGGAGAUCUGGCACUCUGGCUGGGGGGGCGAGGCGGCAGGAUCUUGCACGGAUGACGAGGCAACUGCAUAUGCAGAUUCAGGUGUAACUGCAGCCGCCGUAGAUGAGCUGAUGCAGGAGGUGCUGGCAGAGCAGCGUACCAGCGAGGCAGACAAUGAGUUAAAGCAGCAGCUGGUCCAGAAGUUGAAUGCCACGGAUCAGCCAGGGGUAGAGGCAGCAGUAGAACCAGCCGUUGUCAGGGAGCAAGUGAAAUUUGCCCUUGAGAAUCCCGCUCCCGCUCCCGCACCCGUGCCGGAAGGCCAGCGGCUGACCACUCAGCAUGUGAACCAGCUUAUCGAGCUGUACCGCGCGGAGCCUCGUCUCUGGAACCAAUCGCACUCGCAGUUCCACGAUACGGACCUGUGUCGCAAGUCCUGGCGUCGUAUAACGGACGCCUGGAGCGUGCACUGUGGGCGCCGCUUCACUGUCACCGACGUGCGCAUACGUGUCUCCACGCUAUGCCAGCGCUUCAUCAAGCAGCGCGAGCGCCUUGAAGCCGACGGUGAGCUCGACGACGCUGUCAAGUUUGUCCAUUACGACCAGCUGGGCUUCCUCUGCGAGCAACAGGCACUGCUCAAGCGGCAGCAGCACUUCGUUCGUGAGAACCGCAAGCUGAUCGAGCUCUAUGAGCAUUACCCGAUCUUUUGGCACAAUGCCCACAAGCGGCUGCGAUGUGCGGACACCGUGAGAGGGCGCCAUGAGGCGCUCCGCGAUCUGCAGCUGGCCCUGCGCCUGUCUGGUAUAAAUCUGUCCUCGUUGGUUAUUAAGCGGCGGUUGCAGUCUCUGCGGAAACGAUAUCGCCUGGAGAAGAUCCGCUACCUACACUGCGUGGUAGAGGGCAAGCAAGCGGAGUUUGUCGCCGGCUUCGAGCACUACGAGGAGAUGGAGUUCCUUCAUAAACACAUCGAUCCAUAUGUGUGCGCUGUCUGCGGCAAGAUCUUUGAGAAUUUGGCGAGUCACCAGGCGCACGUGCAAAGCAACUGCCAUAUACAGAUGGGAAUGGACUUUGGCCCAGAGAAAGAAGCUGCAGAGGGGGAGAACGAGAAGGUGGAGCAGUCGGAGCCUGUCCAGGGAAAGGAACAAGAAGUCGACUUCCAUAUUCUACAAGAUCUUCAGCACGAGGAGUACCCACAUCAGGUCGAACAGAACUUUCCGCAGGCAGAGAAUCUCCUCCCAGUAGAGGACCUUCACCCGACGAGAAACUUGCAGCAGCUGCCAGUCACGCCACAAGUGCAGGAGAAUAAAGAUAUCCAAAAGCUGGAAAACAUUCCUCAGAUGAUUGAACUUGUGGGGAAUCUCCGGGAGGCGCCGGCGGAUGAGCCUACAUCUAUCGAGGAGGAGACAGUAGGUUCUACGCCUGACCGUGAGCAGGAAAGGAUCAUUAUAUCCAGUCUGUCCAAGACCUGCUCUGCCUCCGAACUGGAAGCUUUGCCAUCCGUGGGGCCAUCCGUGUUGGAGCAAAAAGAGAGCUCGGCCGUCCGCCUGAGCCGGCAGCAGACACUUAAGCUGAUCAAACUGUACCAAGCGAACGUGUGCCUGUGGGAUCCCAACCACCUGGACUACCACACGCGCAAGCACCGCCGCCUUGCUUGGCAGAGAGUCACAGACGAGUUAAACAGGAGCGAGUGCACAGGCCCGGGCCAGAGAUACAGCUGGCAGAUGCUGCACAGAAAGAUCACGGACUACACGAAGUAUUACCGCCGGGAGCGUCAGAGGGAUCAGGAAAAUAAGCUCGGGGAGGAGACCGCCAGGUGGAACUUCUACGAAGAAUUCCGUUUCCUGGAUGACGUGCUUCCCAUCAGCUCUGAAAUACAGAAGACCCUAAGCCAGCGGGAUAGCACCCUCAAGAUCAUUGCCGUAUACCAAAGCUAUGCCCAGCUCUGGUGCACCGAUCACCCCGACUACACGAAGCGGCGGCAGCGCCAGCGGCAGCUGGAGUCACUCUGCACGCGACUGCAGGAGGAGAGCAACCUGCAGAUUACGGUGGAGAGACUCAAGGGCCGGCUUAUCGAGUUCCGCUGUCAGUAUCGGCAGUGCAAGGAAGCGCGGAUUGCGGCCCUUAAGAAAGCCGAAACCUGGAAUCCCGAGUACGAGUACUACGAGCAGCUCCGUUUCCUCGAGCUUCACGUGUCGCCCUUCGUUUGCCCCCGCUGCACGGCCUCAUUCAAGCGACGCACAGACUUCUUGCAGCACGAGCGAAACGUUCACCUGGAUCAGGAAAAGGCCCUGAACGGAGAAUACGGAUUCGUGAGGCGACGCAGAUGUCGUACAGACAAAGACAGCCCCAAUGACCUAGCCAACGUCUGCCACAUUUGCGGCCUAAAGUUCUCGCUGCGCAACAGUCUGCUGGCUCACCUGCGACGGCAUCUCGGCCAGCGUACUCACAUUUGCCCGGAGUGUCCCAAGAAGUUCUUCAACUCUACGGCCCUUCGCGUUCACCAGCGCAGCCACAGCAAGGAGCUGCCUUAUGUGUGCGAGCACUGCGCCCGGGGCUUCGUCAACGCCAGCAAGCUUAACCAGCACGUGAAGCGCCACCGCAACCAGCGCGACUUCCCCUGCAACCGCUGCGACAAGGCGUUCUACACUGCCCACGAACGUGAUCGGCAUAUUCGCGCCCACCUCAACAUACGCGACAAGGUCUGCCCCCACUGCUCGCGCGCCUUUGUCGUGGGCAGCGCUUACUAUUCCCACCUUAACCUCCACCGCAGCGAGAAGCGAUAUUCCUGCGCCAACUGCGGUCGCCGUUUCGCGCAGUACGCCGGCCUGUACAAGCACCGCCGACGCUGUGUUCCUACUAAUGUGCAGGCAGAGCAUUAAUCAGGGAACAGGGAUCAGUCCUACGCCUUCGACGUGGUCGUUCAUUCCUCCUCGGGAUGUACCCAAAAGAACGCCGAUCGCUGAUCAUUAAAAUCCAGUUGGCUUAUUAGAUAUUUUCUGCACCUAGCUUA